GCAGCACAACCAGAACCCAGCUGCUUUUCUAUAAAGAGUAACACAUCCAUGCCAGAACCCCUUAGUUUUGGAGAUGGAGCAGUGACCUUUAAGCUCAGAGAUGAUGAGAUUGGAGACCUGCACAAGGAUUCUCAACAACCAAUACAUGAUGAAUUACAAAGGGUCAAAGGCCAAAACAAAACCAGUAUGAAGAACAAGUAUGAGAGCUUAUUUGAGGGAAUAAAACUUCAAGAGAAUCAAACCCUUCUGAACAGAAUCUACACACAACUUUACAUUAUAGAGGGAGAGAGCAAAGGAGUGAAUGAGGAACAUGAGGUUUUACAGAUAGAGAAAGCAGCCAAAAUACAAGACACUCCAAUCUACUGCAAUGACAUUUUUAAACACUUAUCUGAACCAGGAUGUAAAAAGAAUGAAAAUAAUAUAAAGACUGUUCUUACUAAAGGAAUCGCUGGAAUUGGAAAAACCGUCUCUGUGCAGAAGUUCAUUCUGGACUGGGCCGAGGGAAAAGCCAAUCAGGAUGUAGACUUCAUGUUUGUGCUUCCAUUUCGAGAGCUGAACUUGAUUAAAGAUCAUCAGUACAGUCUUCACAGACUUCUGCUUGACUUUUAUCCUGAACUUGAAGAUCUGGACUCAAAUAUUUAUGAGGAGUGUAAAGUUGUGUUCAUCUUUGAUGGUUUGGAUGAAAGCAGAAUUUCACUGAUGUUUUCAGAUGUUCAGAAAGUUUGUGAUGUGACUCAGACUUCAUCACUGGGUUUGUUGAUAUCAAACCUGAUGAAAGGAGAUCUGCUUUCCUCUGCUCUCAUCUGGAUCACCUCCAGACCAGCGGCAGCCAAUCAGAUCCCCACCAAAUACAUCAGCCGUCUUACAGAAAUUCAGGGAUUCAAUGACCUUCAGAAGGAGGAAUAUUUUAGGAAGAGAAUCAGUGAUGAGCAUCAAGCAAACAGAAUCAUCUCACACAUCAGAAGGGCAAGAAGCCUCCACAUUAUGUGUCACAUCCCUGUCUUCUGCUGGAUCUCAUCCACUGUGCUUCAGAAGCUCCUGGAUGGGUCUGAGUGAGAAAUCCCUCAAACUCUGACUGAAAUGUACAUUCACUUCCUGCUGAUUCAGGUCAAUAGGAGGAAUCAGAAAUAUGAAGAGAAAGAUCCAGAGAAAGUCUUGCAGUCCAACAGAGAAGUGAUUGUGAAACUUGCUGAACUUGCUUUUAAACAGCUGGCAAAGGGAAAUGUUACAUUCUACAAAGAGGACAUGAGUGAGAGCAACAUAGACAUCACUGAUGCAUCAGUGUAUUCUGGGAUUUGUACUGAGAUCUUUAAGGAGGAAUCUGUCAUUCAUCAAAAGAAAGUCUACUGUUUCAUACAUUUGAGUUUUCAGGAGUUUCUAGCUGCUUUCUAUGUGCUUUACUGUCAUCUUCUAGAGAAAAUGGAGCAAUUGCAGUUGUUUUUUAUAAAUAUACAAACAUUUAAGGAAAUCCCUUUGUGUCAGCUGCUAAUAUCAGCAGUUGAUCAAACUCUUCAGAGUGAAAACGGACACCUAGAUCUUUUUUUGCGAUUCCUGCUGGGUGCCUCACUGGAGUCUAAUCAGAGACUCUUACAGGAUCUACUGCCACACACAGUGAAAAGCUCAAAGGCAAUCAGAGAAACUACACAGUAUAUUAAAGAGAAAAUCAAAAGAGACGAUUUUCAGAAUGAUAUCUCAGCUGACAGAUCCAUCAAUCUAUUCCUCUGUCUUCUGGAAAUAAAUGAUGAGACUCUGUACAGAGAGAUUCAGGACUUUGUGAAAUCAGACAAAAACUCAGAGAAGAAACUUUCUCCUGCUCACUGCUCAACAAUAGCCUACAUGAUUCAGAUGUCAGAGAAGGUGCUAGAUGACUUUGAUCUGAAGAAAUACAACACAUCGACUGUGGGUAGAUGGAGACUGAUACCUGCUAUGAUGAACUGCAAAAAAGCUCUAUGCGACAGCUGUAGUCUCUCUGAACAGCACUGUGAAAGUUUGUCCACAGCUCUACAAUCAUCCCAUUUGAGAGAACUGGACCUGAGUAACAAUGACCUGCAGGAUUUAGGAGUGAAGCAGCUUUCUACUGGACUGAAAACUUCACAUUGUCAACUGACUGUACUGAGAUUGGCAGGUUGUAGACUGACUAGUCAGUGCUGUGAAAGUUUGUCAUCAGUUCUACAAUCAUCAAAGUCCCAUCUGAGAGAGAUGGACCUGAGUAACAACGACCUGCAGGAUUCAGGAGUGAAGCUAAUCUCUGCUGGACUGAAGAGUUGUCAAUUUAACACACUGAGAUUGGCAGGUUGUACAUUGACUGGUCAGUGCUGUGAAAGCUUGUCUUUAGCUCUACAGUCAUCAAACUCUCAUCUGACAGAGCUGGACCUGAGUAACAAUGACCUUCAGGAUUCAGGAGUGAAACUGCUUUCCACUGGACUGAAGAGUCCACACUGUCGACUGAACAUACUAAGAUUGCUCUCUUGUAAUCUCACUGGUCAGUGCUGUGGAAGUUUGUCUUCAUCACUGAAAUCAUCAAACACCAGUCUGAGAGAGCUGGACCUGAGUAACAAUGAUGUGCAGGAUUCAGGAAUUAAGAUGCUCUCUGUAGGACUGAAGAAUUCACACUGUCAACUGAACAUACUGAGAUUGUCUGGUUGUAUGGUGACAGAGGAAGGUUGUCGUUAUGUGUCUUCAGCACUGAGUUUAAACUCAUCACACCUGAGAGAGCUGGAUCUGAGCUACAAUCAUCCAGGAGAUGCAGGAGUAAAGAUGCUCUCUGAAAAACUAGAGGAUCCAAACUGCUCACUGAACAAACUCAAUGUGGAUCAUGGAGAAAAGUCCAGGAUUACAGCCGGAUUGCACAAAUAUGCCUGUGAUGUCACACUGGAUCCAAACACAGCACACACUCGUCUCAGACUGUCUAAGAAGAACAAAAAGGUGACAUAUGUGAGGGAUCAUCAGUUAUAUCCUGAUCAUCCAGAAAGAUAUGAUGUGUGUUUUCAGGUUCUGUGUAAAGAGAGACUGUCUGGACGCUGUUACUGGGAGGCUAAUUGGACUGGAGCUGCGGUAAUAUCAGUCACAUAUAAAGGAAUUGGCAGGAAAGGACAGAGUCGUCAUUGUAUGUUUGGACUCAAUAAAAAGUCCUGGAGUCUGAACUGCUCUGAUAACAGAUUCACUGUUUGUCACAACAAUAAUUCAACUGUCAUUCACGUCCCUUCGCUCUCCUCUAAUAAAGUAGGAGUGUAUGUGGAUGUGUCAGCUGGCAUUCUAACCUUUUACAGCAUUUCUGACACACACAAACUCACACACUUACACACAUUCAGUACAACAUUCACAGAGUCUCUAUAUGUCGGAUUUGGGUUUUAUCAUUUAAAUUCCUCAGUGUCCGUGUCAUGAGCAACAACAGACCAUUUUUUUAGUCAAUUUACUCACAAAUAAUGUAAUUACCUGCAAUGUUUGUUUGCGUGGUCUUUGUUAAAGGUCCAGAAUUGCGUGUGAUAUCCCAUUGUUCUGUGUAUGUUAUAAGUGUUGAAUGAUUAAAUGAUUCA